UGCGCCAUUUCUCGGUUCUUGAGCUUUCUCUGUUCGUCUCUCUAAACAGAGACGAGAACAUUCAUACAUAUGCGCAUUUAUGGUCAUCUUUAACCCUUCCUAGAAGUUUCACAGCAAUCUGCUUCCUUCUCGCUUCCUGCCUGGAUUCAGGAAUCUGAUGUUUAUACUCAGUGACUGAGUCCAGUGCAUUGCAACGAGAAUGGGGUGCACAACUUCAAAAUACAUGAUAGCACGGAAGAAGAAGAAGUUGAUUAUACCAGAAAUCGCAGUUUUCACUCCCUCGUUGCGUAUUCCUGUGCAUUGCGAUCUUCAAAAAUCUAUCAAAGGACUAAUUCCUAAUGAUCUCGUAGACAGAAUUAUCUCUGUUCGGAAUCAGAUCAUCUUAAUUGCUGAGGACACCGGUGGAUCAGCUACUAAUGAAUUGCUAGCAGCUCUGGAAGAGUACUUGCCUCUUUUGCUGGGAUUCACUAAUAAAGAUCAUGGUCUUCUAGAUGUAGUCGAAUUCAAGUGGAGAGACUUAGAUGGCAGACAUGAAGUAUGCAUAGCAAAUCCUUGGUUCGAAAUACUAUCUGUCAUCCACUUAAUGGCUAUGUUGACUCUUGCUCAAGCCAAUUUCAUACUGAUUCCCAAGGAUCGUUCUGGGUCUUUUGACAGCGUUGUAUCUGCAGAUAACAUGAGGGAUGCUGUUGAUUUACUACUAAAAGCAUCAAGUUACUUGGAAUUUUGUGUCAAAAAUCUUCUUCAUUUCCCAAUAGACAUCAAAAAGAGAUUGCCAAAAGAAUUGCAAGAUAAUGUACUGCAGGGUAUUGCUUAUCAAGCUCUAGGACAGGGAACUGAAAUUCAGCUUGGUUUAGCCAUGGAAAGCCAAAAUGCAACAUCAUCUGUGAAGAGGAGGCUGGCUUGUGAACAACUUGGCUACUUGAGUCAGGCACACUACUGCCUCUCUGACUGCAACAUUGAUGAUCAUGAUGGUGGAUAUGGAAAAAAGAACCUGUCGUUCAUAAAAUGGAAGUACCUUGAAGCUAAGGCUGCCUCUUACUACUUUCAUGGUGUGAUAGUCGACAAGGGCUCUGAACCAUCAUGUCAAGUUAGUGCUGUUUGUUGCUAUCUUGCUGCAGAUGGCCUUUUGACUGAAAGCAAGAAGGCUUGUUUAAGUUUCUGUUUAGCAAACCCCAUAACAAGGGCUCCUCCUGCAUGGGGUGGUAUAAAGCAACUAAACAAGAAAGUCCCUGAAUUAGCAUCAAAGAAAUCUCAGAUGUAUGGCUACUUGUUGGAGCAAGAGAAAGAUGAUCUUCAGGGUUUGCCUGAUCUGCCGGAGUUUCAGUUAUCACUGAGGCCGGAGGAUUGGGAGCUUCCUGAGAUAGACUCUGCAUGGGUUAAUGAGAAAUGGGAAAUACCAACUCAGCCUCUAAAAGAGCAUCUCGAAGACUCUGAAUAAGAAGAAGACGAUGAAGUGGAACAGUAAGUACACGCAUUGAUCAAUUAAUUAAUUAGUUUCAUUCUAAUUACUUAGUAGCUAAUUAAGUUAACUCUCUCUAUUAAUUAUGUCUUAAGAUCGAUAUUUCUUGGUGCAGUAUAAAUACAUGCCACAAUGACAAAUAAAAUGUAA